UAAAAUAUAUGCAGUUGCUCCUGCAUCCUAGCUUGUUGGAAUUGAUCCACGUACAACACUCCUCUUCGACCAACAAUGUUCUAUUUCCAACGGUUUCCAUCGAAUCCGAAUAUUCAGUCGUUGUUACCGGAUUAUUGUACAGGGAAUAUCUUGGUGUUUACAAGCCCAGUAGAUGUUUGCCGCGUGUCCCUUGUCUCUAAAUCACUUCAAUCUGCCGCUGAAUCCGAUUCCGUUUGGGAGAAAUUUCUGCCGUCUGAUUAUGAGUCCAUCAUUUCGGGAUCAGUGACUCUCAUCCCUGAUUUUGCUUCAAAGAAGGAUCUGUAUGUUUACCUCCACCAUAAUCCCAUCUUAAUUGACGCAGGUUGCAAGAGUUUCUCACUGGAAAAACGUACCGGAAAGAAAUGCUACAUUCUAGGUGCAAGGGAUCUUCAUAUUACAUGGGCUGAUUCACCACAAUAUUGGGAAUGGACUUCAUUACCUGACUCCAGAUUUCCAAAGGUGGCUCAGCUCCAACAUGUUUGGUGGCUUGAAAUUCGGGGCACAAUAAGAGUUGAUGUUCUGUCACCUCGGGCAGCUUACCUUGUUUACAAGUUGGAAAAUGAAUAUGGGUUUCAUUAUCGACCCUCAGAGGUUUCAGUUGGAGUUCUUGGUGUUGAAUUGGACAAACAAUUUGCAACUCUGCAGCCGGAAGGUAGACUUCCACAGUGUGGUCGUUUUUAUAUUCUGUCCUCUAGAGCAAAGGAUGGUCGAGGGCUACCAGAUGAUAUAUAUGAGUCGUCAGUCGCUAAUGCGGUUAGGUAUUGGCAGGGGAAGCAUUUGCGGGAGGAUGCUUCUAAUAUUCGACUUCCUAAACUUAGAAAUGAUGGCUGGUUUGAGGUAGAAUUGGGUCAGUUUUAUACUGAAAACGAAGAUGAUUGCAUAGAAAUGAGUUUGAAAGAGGUGAAGGACUGCUUAUCUCACAAAAAAGGCCUUAUUGUUGAAGGAAUUGAGAUUAGACCAAGAAUGGGUUAAUUAUCACAUUUGUUUGGUUCUAUGGUGAUUGGCUUUCUCGUUUAUAAAACCCUUACUGGACUUUUGGUUUCAAAACCGUAAUCAUAUAAA